ACGUAUGUAGUCGACACUUGACACACUCAGUAGAGGAGGUAAUCUGUAUGCAAGUAUUUUCUUCGCUUCUUGUCGACUUUGUUACUGUUAUCUUUAUUCACUGCAUUCCGCACACUUCUCUGUGUCGUGUUCGUUCUUAGCUAGUCCGCGUGAUAUAUUUUGACCCUAACCCUGAGCCUAGGAAAAAAGGUCAACGUACGCCGAUAGACUGGAUGUCGAUUUUGUCGUCUGCUUGAAGUAUCAUCGCUUUAAUCAGAACAUUUUUUCAAAGGCAUAAUUCACUAUGGAACUGGAGCUGCCGGCUGUGGUUGAAGACGUCCCGACACCUUGUUUCUUACUGGACGUGGACCGAGUGAAGGCCAACAUCGCGAGGAUGCAGGACACUUGUCAAAGACUAGGAGUGGCACUGCGUCCUCACACCAAGACACACAAAACUCUGGAAGUGGCGGACAUGGUGACCAACGGCCAGAAACGCAAAAUCGUCUGCUCCACCAUCGCCGAGUGCAACUUUUAUGCAGACGCCGGAUACGACGACAUUCUGCUGGCGUUCCCUGUGACAGCCAACAAGAUUGCAAGGUACGCUCAACUAGCCAAUCGUCUCCAGGAAUUUCACCUCCUGCUCAGCUCUGUGGAGAAUCUCGGGUGCCUGAGGGACGCUGCCUCUCGUCUGGAUGCGGGUAAAAUCUGGUCAGUCUUCAUUGAGGUGGACACCGGCUAUGGCAGAAGUACCUGGGAUCCCAUGGGCCAGCGAGACGUGGUGCGGGUGGGCCGCUGUCUGUGGGAGGAGCCGUGUUUCCGGUUCCGGGGAGUAUACACUCACUGUGGGGAGAGCUACGAAAAGAUGGCGCCGGACGCACGUGCGGCUGAUCAGGCCACUGUGACGGCCAGACUUCAGGACAUCGCCUCCAGGCUGCGGACAGCAGGCAUUGACGUGCCUGAGGUCACCACUGGCUCCACGCCCACGUGCAGUAUGGCUGGCGACGUGCUGAGGGCUGUGGAUCAGUUUCAUCCGGGCAACUUCGUCUUCUACGAUUAUGAAAACUACUUGCUUGGCUCCUGUAAACUGUCGGACAUCGCCUGCUGCGUGGCCACCCGGGUGGUGUGUCAGCGGCCUGACCUGGAUACCCUGGUGGUCGACUGCGGCUUCACGGCCCUGGGACACGACGGCAUGCGGCAGCGACCUGACGACUUUUGCGUCAUCAAAGACCACCCCAACCUCCGUGUCGUGGGAAUGUCUCAAGAGCUAGGAAAGGUGAAAGCAAAGGAGGGACAACUAGAUUUUGACCGAUACACAGUCGGCACCUUGUUGUUCAUCUACCCGUAUCACGCUUGUGCCACUGCAGCCAUGCACCAGCGGUAUAUCGCUCACUCAGGGGACACAGUCGUUGGUGUAUGGAAACCUGUCAAGGGCUGGUAGUCGAGCAGAAACUUCAUCUCACCCUAGCGUCACGUGCAGUCAACCAGCUGUAAACGUCACCUGAAGCUCCUCGCAGCUGACCAUCUGAAAAAGUUUCUUCCCUUGAUUUUCAUAAAAAUUAAUUUUUAACUUUCACAAGUUUGUCUGACGAUGUCCAGGAGACCAAACAAAAUGUAAAUAUUUGAAAUCUGUGUGAUGCUGUUGAGUGUCAGACCAAAUGUUCAGGAUGUAAACGUCACAAAUUAGGUUUGAUAUUGUCCCACAGCAGAGCAACCAGAACACACAAGUAAAAGGUUUGUCUGACGUUGUCCAGUGUAGCUCUGUAGCAAAUAAUCAGAAUGUAAAGAGUUGAAUUUGUCUGACAUCGUAGAGCGAACGUCAACACUUAACAAACGUCAACAUCGCCAUCGUCCUUGUACCACACUCCUAACGACAUUUCACGUGGUGCCGGUGCACGUUUGUUUGUUUGGGUUUUUUCCUGUUUUGUUUGUUGAUUUGACCUGGUUUAACGUAGACGCUCCCGAAAGUCGGGAGUUUAUGAUGUUAUUGUUAUCUGCUUGAUGUCACUUACACAGUAAUCAAAAACUUUAGUGAGGGCCACUGACGGUUAGAGUACUGAAUGUGGCAAUAAAUAAACCCAGCAACCUUGA